CAAUCCAAGUCGAGUUGUUUUACUAUCCGAGUCAAUCCAUUGUGGGCAAAAAAAAAGGUGAUCGAAGGGCAGCCAAGCAAUGUCAGCACACCGUAGCGUAUCGCCAGCGAUUCGCAUGGUUCGAGACUUUCUGCUCGGAAGACAUCCAAACGCCCAACUGAGGUUUCCGGACGAGCUUUCCACAAGGUCUCCGCCACCGCCCAAUCUGCCUCCAGGACCAGCAUGCAAGCUGUCUGACAACUACUAUUACACCAGGGACGCCAGGAGGGAAGUGGACCACCCAAAGCUGAUCUUCGACAGCGCGACUCCAAUGAAGCAGAUUACAGCAGGAGAUGGCGCCAAAGGGAAGCCCGGCCUCGCGGUACCUGGCACACCAUACCUGCCUUGAAAAAGGACCAAGGUCGUUCUGAGCCUACUUUAUGUGUAGAUAUAAAUAAAUUGCCACAAUAAAAAAAAUCCCCUCUAAGGAAA